CAAGGACCUGAUAGGCAAAGGACGCAAGAGCAUAAGGCUUCUCGCGCACGCUCACUGGGAGCAUUAGCUCGCGGAUCGUCUCUUGGAGCAGCCAUGGGGAAGGUGAACGUGGCCAAGUUGCGCUACCUGACGCGGGACGACUUCAGAGUUCUGACCGCGGUCGAAAUGGGCAUGAAGAACCAUGAAAUAGUUCCUGGCAGUUUGAUAGCUUCCAUAGCCAGCCUUAAACAUGGUGGUUGCAAUAAGAUUUUAAGAGAACUGGCAAAACAUAAACUCUUAGCUUAUGAGCGAACUAAAACUGUCCAAGGCUAUCGGUUGACAAAUGGGGGUUAUGAUUAUCUUGCUUUGAAAGCACUUUCUUCAAGACAGGUAGUUGACUCUGUUGGAAACCAGAUGGGUGUUGGCAAAGAAUCAGAUAUUUACAUUGUUGCAGAUGAAGAAAAGAAACAAUAUGCACUAAAGUUUCACAGAUUGGGAAGGACUUCAUUCCGUAAUUUGAAAAACAAGCGUGAUUACCAUAAGCACAGACAUAGGAUGUCUUGGCUUUAUUUAUCCCGUUUGUCUGCCAUGAAGGAAUUUGCCUAUAUGAAGGCACUCUAUGAUAGGAAAUUUCCAGUUCCAAAACCAAUUGAUUAUAAUCGACAUGCGGUAGUCAUGGAACUCAUAAAUGGUUACCCUUUAUGUCAAAUACAUCACAUUGAAGAUCCUGCUUCAGUGUAUAAUGAAGCCAUGGAACUAAUUAUUAAACUUGCUAAUCAUGGACUAAUUCAUGGUGAUUUCAAUGAAUUCAAUCUAAUUUUGGAUAAAGAUGAUCACAUAACCAUGAUUGAUUUCCCACAAAUGGUCUCAACAUCUCAUCCAAAUGCUGAAUGGUACUUUGACAGAGAUGUUAAAUGCAUUCGAGAUUUCUUCAUAAGACGUUUCAAUUAUGAAAGUGAACUUUAUCCAACCUUUGGAGAUAUCAGGAGAGAGGACUCUCUUGAUAUAGAAAUUUCUGCCAGUGGAUAUACAAAAGAAAUGCAAGAAGAUGAUGAACUACUCCAUCCUCUAGGUCCUGAUGAUGAGGGUCUUGAAAUAGGAGAAGAAUCUGAAUGUUCUUCAUCACUUGAAGAACUGACAGAGAAAAUAAAGACUUCUAAGCUGGAAUAUGGAAGAGAUUUUGUAGAUAAAUCAGAUGAUGAUUGUAAAAUAAAUUUUUCUGAAGAUCUAGAACAAAGGAAUACAGAUGUACUAUCUGAGGAUAAGAAUAAUGCACAAUAUUUUAGAAUGACUGAAUUCAAUCAUUCAUUAGGAGAAAUUCAGGGAGAGAUUGUUGAAGCAAAAAAGAGAAGUUGCAUACAGCAUUCUGCAACUGAUUUUCAUGAAGAGGAAAACAGCACCAAAAAUAUGAGCAAGGGAGAAGAUCAAAUGCAUCAAGAAGAAAUUCCAGCUGAUUCUCAGGAAUAUGAAGAUGAAUGCCCUGAUCUGGUUAACUUGUCAGCAUUAAACAAAGAACUCAGGCCUUUCAGGGAUGAAAACAUGGAACAAAUUAAUCACCAUAGAACUAGAACUGAGAGUGUUACUUCUAUAGGCAGUAUUGUAAGCUGUUCUACAAUUCCUCCGGAACUGGUGAAACAGAAGGUGAAACGUCAGUUGACCAAGCAACAAAAAGCUAUAGUGAGACGACGGUUACAGAAGGGGGAGGCAAAUAUUUACACUAAGCAAAGGAGAGAAAAUGCAUACAACAUUAAGUCAAGCUUAGAAGCAGCUAGUUUUUGGGGAUAAUUAUUGGGACUUUUUUCUAAAAAUGUAAUUUAUAAUACAUUGGGAAGGUCUUGAAGAUCUUAUAUUUUUUUGAUAAUUUUAGUUAUGUAAAUAUGUGCAUUUGUGUAGCUGACUACUUUGUUUUUUCUAAUAGGAAACUGUUUUGAAGUGAUUGAUCUUUUUCAAGAGAACAUUUGCCAAAAAUUUUUGCUAACAAAUGGAAGCUUUCUGAAAGGCAUUUAGGGCAAUAUUACAUGUAUUUAAUUGUUAAUUUUGGUAACUAAAGCAUUUCAAUCCUAUGGAAAUUUGCAAAGAAAAUAUAUUUUAAAUACCUAACUAAAAUAUGCCCUUAGAGUAAUAGAAUCACUGACUUUUCAGAGUUCAUGGAGGUCUUGGAACUUAAUUAGUUUGACCUGGAUCUUUACAAGAUCUCCAUCAAAUCAUUCAACCUCUAUUUGUAGCCUACAGAUAAGUUUUGACACAACCACAGAAACAUCUCAAGUCAUACUGUUUCUUUGAAGUUAUUUGCAGUUAUAACCUCCUAUACAGAUGUGACCCAGGAAUAAGGCACAGUGGAAGGAUUGUCUGUAUUAGUUAAACUACAGUGGGAUAAGAGUCAGGGCUCUGUAAUUCUCGUGACUAAUACCUAGCAUGGGCUGUGUCAUCAACACCUGUUUAUUGAAUGUGUGUAUGUACAUACAUAUAUAUACAAGGCACAGCAUUGGACAUUUGAUAGCCUGAUUGUAAGUGGAAAUAUCGAUCAAUAAACAUCUACUUCAUGUCUGGCGCCAUAAUAGACAUUAAGAAUUAUUGAGAGGAGAAAUCAUUGUGGAGAAGGGCUCACCUUCCUCAUCACUUCAACAAACAGCUGACCAAAAGCUACCAAUAUGUGAAUAAGUGCAGGAGCCCUAAAAGUGACAGCAUCUCCUUACAUCACCAAUCCUUCCCUUAUCUCUAUCUUCCAGGUAAACCACCACUCACAGGGUAGACUAACCAUCUACCUAAUGCAAACAGGGUACCCUUGGGGAAGAGAAAACCCAGCGUAUAUAGAUAAGUCAAACUACCACCACCUUAGCUAUCAGCUCUAUUUAGACCCUUAUAGACAUAGUGAGCUUACGAACCUGAAGACUGAGAAAAGAAAGUUCUGGUCUUCAGCGUCUUCCCCACUGUGCAGUAUCAGAAACUGACAUUUUUCUCAGUGGAAGUUACAUUUUAAAAGAGAUAUUACCAUAUGGGUUUGUGUGUUUUUUUUUGGGGGGGGAGGGAGUUGGGUUGGGUUUUUUUGUUUGUUUUGGGGGGGUUGUAUUUUAAGGACCUUAGAACUUUUCAUCUGAUUUGAAGCUGGAAAACCCCAAUAUGUGUCAGAUGUAUCACCAGUAUUACAAUGUGACCUCCUCAAGAGCAGGAACUCUCUUUUGUCUUUGUAUCAGCUUAAUACAGCUUUGCACAUCUGAAUGUGUCAUUCAUUCAUACAAAGACCAAGAAAAGAAAUAAUCCCUAUAAGCAUUGGAUAGAUAAUAAAUUAAAUACAUUUGAAUUUAAUGACCUACAUUGCCUUGUAGGCAAGGUAGGGUGGUAUGACCUGCCAACAAAAUGACCACCAAAUUACAGUAUCCGUUUCUUUAAUUGUUGACAAAACAAUUUCAUUACAAAAUUGCUUAAUAGAACCAAAAAAUUUAGUUGUAAUCCAGAUGAAAGUAUUAUUAAAACAUAUAUUUCAAAAGAGAAAAUAAAUUAAAAUGGCCUCAUGUUUCCUGACUUUGUUAGUUUAAUUAUUAGACACUCAAUUGACUCCGUUAAAAUUGAAUACCCACUUUGUCUUAUGUAGUAGAACCAACAACUUAUUCUCCACUGAUUUUUAUUGAAUUUCCAUUAGUGGAACUGGGUCCUACCUAUUGUUUUGAGAUAGUAUCUAUCAUAUAUUGAGUCUAUUUUGAAAUGGAAAAAUAACCAUUCACCAUACUAGAUAUUAUUGGAAAUUUAUAAAUUUAAAAUGAAAACAGCUAUUACUUUAAAGAUGCUUUAAAAUUUAAUAGAGGAGAUUAAAUAAAUGUAUAAUAUCUACUAGCAGAUGUGAGAUAGUACUAAUCAAUUAUAUCUUCUAUAAAUAGUAAUUUUAUUGGGAAAUUUGACCCUCUGUUUUGUUUGGUCCCUUGGCAUCAGAGGUUGAGAUUUUAUUAUAAGAAAGUUUAAUAUACAACAUAGUUGAGGAUAAAGUUUAGGAUUGUCUACAUAAUUGCAAUUAGGUCACUUCUGACAGUUUUGGCCAUGUUCAAAAUGGUUAUAAAUGCUAUUUUGUUGUUUUUACACAAAUACUUUCACUGUGCAGGUGUUCCUCAGAAUAGUCAUUAUUGUCUUCACUACUUAAGAGACCUCAACUGUAUAGUACAUCAAACUUUCUUAUAAUAAAAUUGGUGCCCCAUGAACCUAUACCCUCAAGGUACAAGAGUCUUUGGGUACUUGUGAUUUCACUCAUUUACACCAUGACUAACAUUUGCUCUUUCUUUACCUUUGGAUUUGUGUGGAGUUUUGACUUUGCAUUUAUUUCUCUGUUUGUUUUACAAAUUGUUUAACAAUUAUUUGAGUAAUAUGAAUGACCUAGAGUAUGUUUUAUUUUAGAAAUAGUUGUUAAGGGCAUCAACAAACUUAUUUGAUUUUUAAAAGAAAUAAAAUGUGUUAUGUAGUAGAACCAACAA